ACAAAGAAUUUGUAUGGUCUUUAUGGAAACAGCUCCAGGCAACAAACCCAGAUCUCACAGAAGCAGUUGGUCUGGUUAUGGAAAGAGAAAAAACUAAAGCUGAAGCCAAGGAUAGAAAAGUAUUAGAAAUUUUACAUGCCAAAGAUACUAGAAUAAAGGAGUUGGAAAAGAGAGAAUCAGGAUCACAACAGGAAAUAAAUACCCUUGUAAAAAAGAAGAUUUGUAUAGAUGAAGAAAAUGUUUUCUUAAAGAAAGAAUUGAAUGACUUACAGAAGAAAUUUAAAGAUCAAUGUCAAGAGCUUAAGAGGGUACAGAAGAAGGAAGAGCAAAACAUAAUGAUUAUCAGAGAGCUGGAGGAGGAAAAUAAGGAAUUAAAUAUACGCUGUACUGAACUGCUAAAUGAUCUGGAGAACCUGAGAAAGCAAGAAAUACAGUGGAGAAAAGAAAAAAAUGAAAUUGAUCACAGAAUGAAGCAACUCAUCCGAUAUGGUGCAAUUAUUCUUUUGAAUCUAAGAAAUGGUGCAGCAUGGGAUUGCAAAGUGGCCUUACUCAAACCUGUAAUAGCGGUUAGCUUGACAUGGAAAACAAUAGUACCACAGGAAGACAAGAACCAUCAGAAAAAUCAAAUUAUAACACGUUGCAUGCUGGAAAUGUUUCAGUGCAAAUGUGAAGAGGAAGGUGCCCUCCUCAAUGAAGGUCUCGUUGAAGCUGUUGAGCUGCCUGUUCAUAGUGGUGGUGGGGACACAGGUGCUAGGAAAUGGGAGACGGAGAAGAUGGCAGUGGGUGCGCGGAGGGAGGCGAGGACACGAGCAAGAGACCGAGCGAGCAUGAGCCUCAAGACCCGGACAAGGAGAUCCUCUCCGUGGCGCAGGCGGAACGACCUUAAUGAAUUGUCUUAUGUGGGGAAAGAGUUGCAGGAGUUGCAGAAUCUUUACCAACAAAACAGUGAACACACAGCACAGCAAGCAGAGAUGAUCCAGCAACUUCAUGUUCUCAAUAUGGAUGCCCAACAAGUACUGAGAAAUCAGGAAGAUGCCCACACAGCUGAAAGUAUAUCCUAUCAAAAAGUUUACAAUGAAUUACAAAUUAAUUUUGAAGCAAAGAAAGCAACUGAAUCUCAGCUACGGAAAUAUAUCAUUUGUCUUAAGGAUCAGUUAGUUGAAAAGGACCAUGAUAUCAUGCAUCUGACAGAAAAGAUUGAUGAACUCGAAAAAAUUUCACACUUCUUAACUUAUGCUCCUUUUCCAAGUUAUAUGGAACAGGAAUUUCAACAGCCAUCACUUUCUAGUUUAGAAACCUUAAUGGUGUCACAGAAAUCUGAAAUUGAGUUUUUACAGGAGAAGCUGAAAAUAGGAAAUUUUAAACUAUCAGAGAAUAGUUCCUCCACCAGUAUUCACAUAGGAAGUAUCAUCUCAGGAACUAGAAAAAUACGUGAGGAACCACCUGUGAAACGUUCAAGGUCUCUGUCCCCAAAGAGGUGUUUUAAAGACUCAGAGGAUUCUAGGAAGCUUAAAGCUGCCGAACGGAAGAUUGAAAAUUUAGUGAAGACACUGCAGCUAAAGAUCCAAGAAAAUGAUGAGCUAAGAAAUGCCCAUGAAAAACGCAAAGAAAGGAUGCAGAUGUUACAGACCAACUACAGAGUAGUAAAAGAGCAAUUAAAACAGUUGGAAGGAAACUAUAGCAAGAUUGACAGAAAUAACCAAAUGAGGAGAGCAGAGUCCCAGCAGCUCCAAGAAGAAGAUUCUAAUACUCUAUGGAACGAACUGACAUAUUUCAAAAGGGAACACCAGAAGCUAUUGAUGGAAAAGUGUCGCUCUUCAUUAGCCUGUAUUUUACACACUGCCGUGCUUCAUUUUUGGAAUGAGGUGGUGCUUAGUGGUAGCCAAGGCAGCCACCAUAGCAGCAAUGAGCAGAUCAGGCAUACUCAAAGUCUGCCAGCCAUCCUCCAAAGGACCACAGAAGAACAAAAAUGCCUUAAAACAAAUGUUGAAGUGACAGAAACAACAGAAGAAGCAGUGUUCCUGCUCAGAACAACAUCAGAUGUUGAUGUUGAUGAUGUUUAUGACGUUGAUGAUAUUGAUGAUGUUGUUGAUGAUGAAGAUGCUGAUGUUGAAGAUGUUGAUGUUGUUGAUGAUGUUGAUGAUAACAAUGUUGUAGAUGACAAUGUUGUUGAAGAUGUUGAUAAUGAUGAUGUUGAUGGUGUUUAUAUUGAUGAUGUAAGUGAGUUGGAAAAGCGAUUGAAAGCUUUUGAGAAAAAGUCCAAAAAACUGAAAGAAGAAAAUAAAAAGUUGAGUAAAGAAAAUGAUGAAAUGAAAUCCUCCUAUAAACAGCAGCAAGAUGAUACAGAAGCAAAAGAAAAAGAGCUAACCCAUUUACAGAAGGAGAAGGAAGAUCUGGAAAGAUUCAAAAUUGUCCUUGAGUUCAAGAUCCAUGAGCAAGAGGUGGAAAUCCAGACCUUACAGAAGCAAGCAGGAGAAAUCAGUUCCUUGAGGGAGCAAGUGACAGAAGUCAAUUCCUUGAGGGAACAAGUGGUGGAAGUUAAUUCCUUGAGGGAACAAGUGGUAGAAGUCAAUUCCCUGAAGGAAAAAGUGGCGGAAAUUAAUGAGAUGAGAAAAGAAAAUGAAAAUCUGAGGAAAAAGGUACAAGAAAUGGAAGACACAAAUCGAAUUCAGAAAGCUCAUUUAUUGCAGGAGAUGCAAGCUAUGCAGCAUAUGAAUGCAAUACAACUACCCACAGGGCCUUUAGCACAAGGGCCAGUCCAACCACCAACAGUGCUUCAAACCCAGCUCCAGAUACCAACACUGUCUUUAACUCAGCUACAAGAGGAGCUGGACAAAACUAUGCCAGAGAAGUCUAUUCUGGAAGUGGUGAGCACUGAACAAUGUAGAAAAUGUAAGACAACUACCACCAAGGUUAAAUUUAAAACAGCCAAGAAAAAAGGUGCCACGGGAAAUUCUCAGGCUUUUCUCAAUCAGUCCAUCAAGGUUAUGAGCAAUAUGUUCGAGAACUGUAAGGACGACUGGGAGGAUGUGAGUGAAAGCAGUGAUUCUGAAGACCUGACCUCUCAAAACCUAGGAACAAUCAUCGUAGAAACAUCUGAAAAAGAUAAAAGGGAACAGACAGAAGAACAAGCAAAAGGGAAAGAAAUUAUAUUAGGUAUAAAAAGUCCAACCAAAAAGGAUAUCAGUAAGAAGAUUUAUAGAAAAUCAUCUUUACAGAAGAAAAAAAUUAGUGCUAUACGGAGUGCAUAUGCACCAUCCACUAAUAAAGUUAACAAGGAGAAUGAGAAUAAUGUAAAUUUCUCAAAAUCAUUACUACUUGAAAGAGUUGGAUCCAUGCAGCAGCAAAUCAAUACACUACAGGAUUUGAAAAAGGGUACAGAAACUUCUAUUAAGGAAUUAAGAGAAGCCAAUGAAAAGCUAACACUGCAACAAGAAUUAACUAAUCAAAAACUUCAGACCACCAAACAAAUCAUAAAGAAACUAAAUUCAGAGUUGACUGAACUUCGCAAAGAGAAAGAAGAGGUACAGAAAAAAUUGGAGGCUGCAAAUGAAACCAAAUCUGAAACAGAAAUUUGUUCAAAAGAUUUGCAGACAGAAAUUAAACAACUGCAGUGUAAAGUCAAGAAUGCAACAAAUGAAACGACUAAACAGUCUUCAAAUAUAAAGACUCUAAAAUGUGAAGUUAAGGAAAAGGAAGAACAGAUACAAGAAAUGCAAGGAAAGAUUUGUCGAAUGGAGAGGGAUUUAGUCAUGAAGAGACAUUUGAUAGAGCACUUUAAGCAUCGGCAGAAAGUUAACUUGGAAAAUAAUGACAACUUUACUGAUUUGUUAGAAAAUCUUGAAAAAAAGGUGAAAACUUUGACUGAAGAAUGUAGUGGUAAGAAGAUAGCAAAUGAUGCACUCAAGCAAAUGCUUAAUGCAGCUACAAAAGAGAAAUCACAUUAUGAAAAGAUGUAUUUAAAAGCUAAAGAUGAGUUAGAGAAGAAGGAACACAAGCUUACUCACCUAUUAAGUAAAAUGAAUGAGACAAAAUCUGCAAUGACAGAACUUGAAGCAACUGCUUCUCAGCAGCUCCAUGGAUUAGCUAUGCAAAGUGAACGGGCUUUUGAAAUUGUGCAGAGCAAACUAGCGCGAGCUACCAACCGAGAGGAAGAGUUCAUUGCAUUUGUGAAGGCUUUAGUUAAAGAAAUACAUCAUAAUGUCCAAGAGAUGAGGUUGCGAGUAAAACAUAUCCAAAAACCGGAACACAGUAAGGCCAAUACUGCCACCCAGAGAGUCCAAUGUUUGGCAGCUUCUAUCCUAAACAUUUCACCCACUGAUGUGGAAGAACUGUUAGACUCAGAGAAUGAAGAGGAAUCCAGAAAUUCAAAGGACUAUGAACAUGACAUGGAGUGGCUAACUUACAUCAAUACGAUUCUUGAAGGAGAGUAUCCAUUUGCUACAUGUUUAUUAGAAGCAAUAAUGGAAAAAUUUAACGAGAAGAAGAAACUCUUUGAAGAAUAUGUUAAAUCCAUAAAAACUGCUGGAUGAUA